AUGCGGCUGCUCCCCACGAGGCGACUCUGCACUGCCUCCGUCCGCGUGGCCGACGUGACUGUCAAGGUCUCGGCUGCCAAGACGCCACACCUCGUGCCGCACGCCUUUGCUGCAGCCGGCUCUCCCGCACCUCCGCAGCACCUCCGGUGGAUGGCGCAGAAGGAGGCGCUCGGGCAGGACGUGUUGCUCAUCGGGCCUCCGGGUGGCCAGAAGCGGCAGCUGGCAUUGCGCUGGGCGGAGGUUGCGGGCCGCGAGGUGGAGAGCCUCGCGCUCUCGUCCGACACCACCGAGGCCGACCUCAAGCAGCGGCGGCAGGUGCUGGACGGCAACGUCUACUAUGUAGACGCGGCGCCCGUUCGGGCCGCCAUUGCCGGGAGGCUGCUGCUGCUCGACGGCGUCGAAAAGGCGGAGCGCAACGUGCUGCCCACGCUCAACAACCUGCUCGAGAACCGGGAGAUGGGCCUCCCCGACGGUCGCUUCCUCAUGUCGCCAGCGCGCUUCGACGCGCUCCUCGCGAGCGGCGACCACACGCACGCCUCUCUCGCCGCUCGAGGCUACGUGCGCGUCCACCACGACUUUCGCGUCAUCGCCACCGGGCUGCCCGUCCCUGCCUUUGCCGGCUUCCCGCUCGACCCGCCGCUGCGCUCUCGCUUCCAAGGCCUCUUCUGCGGAGUGCCGCCGCCCGCGCUGCAGCUCGCCUCGGUGCGCGCGCUGCUCUCGUCGAGCCGCGAGGCGGCGCCGCGGGGUGCGGCGCAGAGCCUUGUGAGCUGGGCAGAGGCGGUGCGGGCGGCGGCGAGAGGGAGCGGUGGCGGGCAGGCGGAAGGAAGGCUCCUCCACCUCAGCGACUGCUCCUUGCGGCGGGCGGCCAGAGUCCUCGCUUCCUUCCCGGCGCACUAUGACUGCGGCGGCGGCGACGCACUGCCACCCCUCCUCCACCGCAGCUUUCCACACCGGCUGAUGGGGCUCGAGGCGCCGGAGGCGGCGGGCGUGGCGGCGGCGUUCGAGGCUGCCGGCAUGCCGCCGCCAUCCCAGUUGCAGGGCCAAAGGCGGCCUGCCAGUGUCGUGGAGCCGGACGGCGCGGUCGUCGAGGGCGUCAUCGCGGGGCAGGGCGUCACGGCGAGGGUCGGGCUCGGGUGCACGCGCGGCGUCGAGGUCCCUGUCGGUGCUCUGCACGGCACGGCGAGCGGCGGGGCGGUCGGCGGCGGCGAGGCGUGGGUGGAGACGCCGGCGCUGCGCGCUUGCCUGCUUGCGAUGGCGGAGGACCACGCCAGCGGGGCGCACCUCUGCCUCGUUGGCGCCGCCGGGGGAGGGAAGAGCGCUUUGGCGCACCGGUUCGGCGCGGCGUUCGGCUACCGCGUGCGGACGGCGGCGCUCGCGGGCGACCUCUGCGUCCUCGACGGCAUCCACCGGCUGCGACCCGACGGGCUCGCCUCGCUGCACCAGCUGCUGCUCGACGGCGAGGCGACGCUGCACGACGGCACUCGCCUCCUUCGCGCCGGCCACUUCGACGCGCUGCGGGAGCGGCUCGGCCUCACCGCGCAGCAGCUCGCCGACAGCUGCUCGGUCCGCCGAGUCCACCCAUCCUUCCGCGUCGUCGCGCUCGCCCAGCCUCCGAGCCCGACCGACCGCUGGCUCUCGUCGGACUUGCUCCCUCUCUUCGCGUGGCACGAGCUCCCGCCGAUCGGCGAGGGCGAGAUGGCCGACUGGCUCGCCGCGCUGUGCCCGGCGCUGCAACCGGCGGCGCGGGAGGCUCUGCUCUGCAUCGCUGACGCCCUCGACACGUCCGUUCCCGGCGGGGACGCCCUCGACUCAUAUUCUGGCGCUCCCCCGGGUGGGCUCUCCCUCUCGCCUCGGCAGCUCAAGCGACUUCUCGCAGUGCAGCACGGUGUGCGCCGGUCUCUCUGCGCCGGACUGAUGAGCCCCGCCCUGAUCGCGGACUUUGAGGCGCGCGUGGCGCGGGCGCUGCAGCCGGUGGUCGCGGCGUUGGGCAUUGAGGAGCAGUGCGCGGCGGUGGCGGCGCUCGAUGCGGCGAGAGAGGUGCGCGUCUGCGAGCUUAGCGGCGACGGCGGCAAGCGCAGCAUCGCGAUCGGGCGGGCGAGGCUGCCGCUUCCCGACUCCGUCUCUCAGCCCGAGCUGGUGCCGGACCCCGCCUUUCACGACAACCCGACGCACCUCCGCCUCCUCGAGGACCUCGCCGCCGACCUCGUCGCCGGCGAGCGCGCGGUGCUGCUCAUCGGCAACCAAGGGACGGGCAAGAACAAGCUCGCCGACCGGCUGCUGCAACUGCUGCGGCUCGAGCGCCAGUACAUGCAGCUGCACCGCGACUCGACCGUCCAGUCCCUCACCGUCGAGGCGGAGCUCGUCGGCGGCGCCGUCGAGUGGCGGGACAGCCCCCUGGUGCUCGCGCUGCGGCACGGCCACGUGCUGAUGCUGGAUGAGGCUGACAAAGCGCCGCUCGAGGUGGUGGCCGUGCUCAAGUCGCUGCUCGCGGAUGGCCAAAUGCUGCUCUCAGAUGGGCGGCGCGUCCUCUCGCCCGAGGCGGCGGCCGCCGAGGGGAGCUUGCUGAGGGAGGAGGACGUGAUCAUCCACGACCGGUUCCGCGUCCUCACCCUCGCCAACCGGCCCGGCUUCCCCUUCCUCGGCAACGACUUCUUCAGAGAGUGCGGCACCGUCUUCGCGGCGCACGUGGUGGACAACCCGGACGCCGCGUCGCAACUCGAGCUGAUGGCGCCCUUCGGCACCAGCGUGCCGCCCCACGUCCACCGGCGUAUCGUCGGCGCCUUUGACGAGCUCCGCUGCCUCGUGCGCGACGGGCUCUUGGCGUACCCCUUCUCGGUGCGGGAACAGGUGUCCGUCAUCAAACAUCUGCAAGCCUUCCCGCAGGACUCGGUCGGGCAGGCGCUGGGCAACGUCGCCAGUUUCGACGCGAUGGACCCCCCGGUGGACGGACGUCGCGACUCGGCGGCGCCGCUGGCGUGUGAGGUGACGUCGCACGAGCUCAAGGCCCGGAACGUGAGCUACCAGUUCGCGCCGUCGGACCAGCGUGUGCGCCCCCUCGGCAGCGCCGUGGAGGCGGUCGAGGGCCGCGCCGGAGCAGCCUUCUCGGAGGAGGUGCGCGAGCUCCAGCUCUUGUGGGGCGAGGAGGAGGGUGCGCCGCAUUGCGUCGCGUGCCUCGCGCGAGGAGGCGCCAUCCACGUCCUCGCCUCUGGGCCGGCGGCGCUCCACUCGCUGCCCGCCUCCGUGGCGCGCGAGCGGCGCGCGGCAGACGGAGGUGAGUCCGUCUCGACGCUGGAGCUGGCGAGCAAGACGGGCAGCCUCGACGUCAUGCUCGCCGAGGGCGUCGAGGCGGACGAGGCCUUGCUCCACCCUGCCGGCAGCGGCGCGAUCUAUCGCCUGCGGCCGCCCAACCGCGCCGACGACACGCACGGCGCCGCCAUCGGCGCCGCCUCCUUUGUCGAGCUCCCCGAGAGCUUCCACGGCGGAGCGGUGCACCCGGUGCCGUGGACCGGCGCCCUCCUCCGCCGACAGCGCGGCCGCCGUCCGCACGCGCUGCUCGCCGCGGGCGCUGAUACCGCGGCGGGCUGCCUGCUGGCGAUGCGCCGCGGCGAGGCUUCGGUGCUCGCGGUGCGCCUCGCGCGGUGGGGCGAGCAGGGCGGGGCUGCUGCGGGCACCGCUUACUCGAUCGCUCUGCCGGCAGAGCUGGCGCAGCGCGGAGCGGUCGUCGCGGGGGGGCGCGUCCUCGGCCCGUGUGGUGAGGUGGGAGGCCCCGCCGGCCUGCUGCUCCAGCUGCGGCUCAUGGGCAGCGCGGAGGAGGGCGCGGCGAGCGGCGCGCACAGCACGGCGCACCUCUGCGCGCUGCAGCUCGCCGGUUGUAUCGACGCGACGCCCCGUGCGUGGCUCUUUGAGCUCGACCCAGCCUCUCCUCUCGCCUCUGACGCCGAGGCGGACUGCCACAUCGCCGCCGCCGUGCCGCUUCCGGGCGGCGAGGAGAGCGCCGCGAUUGUCUGCCCGAGGCCAGGCAAGGACGCGCUCCUCUCGGUCCAGCAGCUGCCGCGGGUCACCUUCUCGUCGAGCGGCGCGCCUCCCACUCUCGCCCUCCGCGGUGGCUGGCGCUGGGAAGACGCCGACGCGCGGGCGGCGCAACAGCAGGCGGUGCGCCGCGCCGUCGAGGCGGCCGGCCGGGCGGACGCGGACGAGCGCAUCGUUGUCCUGCUCUCCGACGCGAACCUCGGCCGGUACGACGUGAGCCCGGAGGAGAUUGGCGAGGCGCUGCGUAGCAACCCACACGUGCGCGCGUACUGCGUCUUCGUGGCCGAGCCCGCAGCCGCCGAGUGGCUCGCCGAGCAGUUGCCGCUCGGGCAGGGCUUUGCGGUGCAGGACGUGGCGAAGCUGCCCCGUGUCAUGAAGGAGGUGUUCGCGCAUGCGGCGACCGCGGGUCCUUGA